CAGCUACUAGUCCACGCAAUCAGCAACCAGUCUCCUUCAAGCUGGGACCUUUUUAUUAAUUCAACACGUAAACGUAAUUGUUUAUUUUGAACAUGGGAAAAAAGUGUUUUUCCUUUUAACUUUUCUCACUGGAUGCUUCCUUCUUCGAACAUCCUACUUUCUAUGGGUUGUCUCUCCAGUUUAUGUAGUUGUUUCGAGAAACGACUAAAAAGCGGUGGCGCCGGUGACGGAGACGAAACAGAUGACAAAGGAGAAGACUCUUAUGAUUUGUUCUUUGAGCUCCGUGCUUUGCAAAUUGCUACUAACUUCUUUGCCGACCUUAAUCAGCUUGGUCACGGAGGCUUUGGACCUGUUUACAAGGGACUGAUGCCAAAUGGUCAGGAAAUUGCUGUUAAGAAGUUAUCCGUAGAUUCAAGACAGGGAAUAAAAGAAUUCACUAAUGAGGUGAAACUAUUAUUGAAAAUUCAGCACAAAAAUCUGGUCAUUUUGUUAGGGUGUUGCAUAGAAGGACCUGCAAAGAUGCUUGUGUAUGAGUAUCUGCCAAAUAAAAGCCUUGACCGCUUCCUCUUUGCUGAGGAGAAGUCUCCAUCUUUGGAUUGGACGAAGAGAUUCCAGAUAGUUACUGGUAUUGCAAGAGGUCUUCUCUAUUUGCAUGAAGAGGCCCCUGUUAGAAUCAUACAUAGAGACAUUAAGGCCGGUAAUAUAUUGUUGGACGAGCAAUUAAAUCCAAAGAUCUCAGACUUUGGUCUGGCUAGGCUGUUUCCAGAGGACGGCACUCAUGUAAAUACAUUUAAAAUCUCUGGUACAUAUGGUUAUAUGGCUCCGGAGUAUGCAUUGCAUGGUUAUUUGUCUGUGAAGGCAGAUGUAUUUAGCUUUGGUGUUUUGCUGUUGGAGAUCGUGAGUGGAAGGAAGAAUAGUGAUAAGCGGCUUGGUCCUCAAAAGGCAGACCUCUUAAGCUAUGCAUGGGGACUGUUUCAAGAAAGGAAGACUUUGGAGCUGGUUGAUUCCAGCCUUGAAAACUAUGAUUCUGCUGAAGCAGCAAUGUGUAUUCAGUUAGGAUUACUAUGCUGUCAAUCUACUGUUUCAGAUAGACCUGAUAUGAACUCUGUUAAUCUCACGCUUUCAAGUGAUUCAUUUACUUUACCAAGACCCGGGAAACCUGCAAUUCAAGGCCGUGUAAGCAGAUGGACAACUGAUAGUUCUAGUGCCUGUACCAAAAAUACUACUACUAAUGCUAGUAGUACCUUAACUGGCGUAACAAAUGCCACCAGUACUACUAGGGCUUCCGGUGGCAGUAGUUUUGUUGACGAUUUUUCUAGAAAUUCUAUCUCAUGUUCUUCUAUAAACGAAGGGAGAUGACCUCAUUUUGUAUUGUAAAUUUGUAACGAGUUUGUUAUUUGCCAUUUUUUAAUUUUGUGUUUACCUUAUUGUUUAAAUCACCUUCUGUGGGUGUGUUUACUGUAUGUAAAAUUUAUUCUUAACCUUUUUAUUUAUCACUAUCAGUCUCAGAGCUUCAUUAAA